UAAUUGACAGAUGACAGAUCUGACAUAUAAUCAGUUGAUAACUCCCUUCAUUACUUUUUAAAUUAAAUUAUCAGUUGCAAUUAGUCAUUAAAUGUUUACAUUACAGCGUAAUGCAAGAACACAAACUAGUAAUUUAUUUAUAAAUAAAAUUCACACAAGUGCUAUCGGUGGAAAUUUAGAUAUAUACUUUGAAUAAUUAAAUUAAGAAGGGGCGGAAAUUUUAAAUUGCUAAUAAUGGAAGCUGUACCAAGAUUGCCUAUGAUAAGUUUCGACUUAAAAACCAGCACGGAGGCUGCCUCUUUCUCUUCGAAACUCAAGCAGUAUAUAUCAAGUUUUUAUCAUGAAGACCCUGAAGGCUACAAUACUGAAAUUCAUAAUUUGGAGACGCUACGUUCGGCUGCAGUACGCCCAGCCAUUGAUGUCUCCGGUUGUCAAAUGCUUAAAAAGUAUUAUUGUCAACUGCAUUUCUUAAAGUCGAGAUUUCCGAUGGAGGACGGACAGCCUUGUGCUGUUUACUUUUCUUGGCGGGACAAUUAUUCUAACAUGGUUUGUUCGGUGGCUGAUAUUGACUUUGAGCUAAUGAAUAUCCUUUUUGAUAUUGGAGCUGUUCACUCCAAGUUAGGGGCAGAGGAUAGUAGAGUAAAUCCAGAGGGAAUGAAAUUGGCGUGUACACAUUUUCAGUGUGCUGCAUGGGCUUUUCAGACAGUGCGAAAGGAGUACCCUCAGAUGGUUAGUUUAGUAAUUGCUCCUGAGGUUAUUCAGUUUAUGCAGUUGAUUUGUUUCGCGCAAGCUCAAGAGUGUAUCUUGGAAAAAAGUAUGAUGGAUAACAGGAAAGCUGCCAUUAUUGCUAAAGUUGUUGUUCAAGUGGUUGAUUACUAUAAGCAGGCCCUGAGUACCUUACAGUCGACAGAAGAUGGUUCCUUAAGUGAUUUGGUUGGCAGCCGCACUUACAAGGACUGGCUCAAGUAUAUCAAUUUUAAGAUUGUAUAUCACAAGGCUAUCGCCUUGUUGUAUCAAGGCGAGCAUGCGGAAGAACAACAAAAAAUGGGCGAACGGGUGGCUUUUUAUCAAGCCGCAUCGGACACUUUACAAGAAGCAUAUAAAAAGGCUAAAGACCUGCCUAAUCAACCAGAAAUAAGUGAAUCUUUGGCAUUUACCACUGAUGUCAUUGAAGGUAAGAAGAAAGCGGCCAAGAACGAAAACGAAUUCAUAUACCACGAAGAGGUGCCAGAGAUGGACGCCUUACAGGAAGUAAGGGGAGCCUCUUUAGUGAAGGGAAUUGCGUUUAGCGUCAAUGACACAGAAGUAUCCGGCCCUGAUAUUUUUGCAAAAUUGAUACCAAUGGAGGCUCAUGAAGCAUCGUCACUAUACAGUGAGCAGAAGGCCAAUUUACUUCGAAAUCUGGGUGAAGCAGUCGAAAACAAAGACAAAGCUUUGGCUGCGUUCAUGUCAUCACUGCAUUUAGAUGGACUUUCACAGAUGCGACAAGCUAGUGGUAUCACUCAGGAUGUAAUAGAUAGGGCCGCAGCUAUGAGUGCAAAACCUACAGCUAUUCAAGAUCUAGUGAAAUCUAUGUCGCAACUUUCCAAUAUUUAUCACGAUGUAGAAUCGAUGCUGGCGGAAAUUGAAACCUUGAUAAAAGAGGAAGAGCAAAAAGAAAAGGAUUAUCAGUCGCAACUGGGCUCUCGUCCGCCGAGCAUAAUCGCUACCGAUCUAACGCGAGAAUACACAAAAUAUCACGAGGCCCAUUCGAAAGCUUGCGAGUCUAACCAAAAUUUGCACAAGGCUAUGACAACGCAUAGUGCAAAUUUGAAAAUACUCUCUCUCCCUCUAGCCCAGAUAAAUCAACAGAUACCCGCGAUCGAAUUCCCGAAUUCCAACAUAAAUGAAGACCAUAUUACCGAAAUGGAAGCUUUGCUUGCAAAGGUGGACGAAAUGAAAAAACAAAGAGCGAUGUUGUGGGCACAGUUCCACGAUGCGGUAAAGAAUGAUGAUAUAACAGCUCGUUUAGUUACUUGCACACCUCAAUUUACCAAAGAGCAGUUAUUUGAAGAAGAAAUUGGCAAGCAUCGCAAUCAGGCGGCAGUGAUAGAGCAGAAUAUGGCAGCGCAAGACAAUAUCUUAAAAGCGUUGGUCGAUGCGUACGCCAGAUUUACCCCUACACGACGUUAUAUACAGGACGUGUUAACAAGAAGGGCGCACAUGCUAAAUUCACUAAACGUAUCCUUCGAUACGUACGAUGACCUAUUGGCUAAAGCAAAUAAAGGUCUCGAAUUUUAUACUAAACUUGAAACCAAUGUUUCCAAACUGUUGCAACGUAUCAAAAGCACCUGUAAGGUGCAAGAUGAAGAGCGCGAACAAAUUUUGGCGAAACAAAACAAGCCUACCGUCCAAAGUACGGGGCCAAAAUUGAAAGACUACUUAGAAGCCAAACAACUCGACAAUCUAGAUGUAAGAAGAGUCGAUAAUGUAUCACCGGUACCAGUGUUGGAUUCGUCGUACUCCGCCGUUAUAUCUGGACCAUUAAAAAAUAUCUCGGAUCCAAAAUGGCCUCCAGCCGUGCGACCCGCACCAUUGGGUUCGGAAAUGAACACUGAAGCAGUGCCAUCGUUUGGAAAUGAACAAAGUUUUUAUCCCCUCUAUAAUCAAUCUGCUAACUUAAAUCCGUAUUAUAAUAAUUCAGCAUACGUUACAGCAGCUACAAGUUUGCCCCAAACAACGACUACUUUUACAUCUAAUGCUAACUACCCCUACACGUCUUAUGAUAGUAAAAGUAUGGAGCAGGAUUUAAGUGCCAAAAUGGCCGGGUUGAUGACUUACAAACAACCACAAAGCACUGACUACAGUGCACAAUCAUUCAAUCAGCCACAACCUGAAGAGAUCUCGUCGAGUACCAGGAAAAGUAGUGCUGAUACCAGCUACGGUGCUAUGUAUGCUGGAAAUUAUCCAUACCAAACGCCCGCUUACACAUACGGUACUACACAACCUCAAAAUUAUCCAGUUGUUAGCACCCCAAAUACUUCAGCAUUGCCACACUAUCAACCUGCUGAUAGUUAUUCGCAAAGCAAUGCGUAUAUGCAACGAGCUGAUACUUACAGCCAGGGACAAAAUCAUGUUUAUGACCAAACAAUAAGUUCUCAAGGGCAGGCAGUACAACCUUCCAUACCGUCAUCAUACCCACAGACCUGUUAUAUGCAAACUCAAUUCCAGACGGUUCCAACUUAUUCACAGAGUGACAGUUAUGUUCAACCUGUGCCGCCAACUUCUAAUUAUGCUCCAGGAACUUAUGAAAGUUAUGCUUCAGUGGGAACAUUACAUAAUGCCUCUUACACACAGACUAGCAUGGGGACAUAUAAUUACACACCAAGUGUUAACCCAACUGCGAGCACAUAUUCUGAUGCAAGUGCUGCAUAUGCGCCUGAAAACACAUAUGCUGCACCUAAUUCCACUUACCAAAAUUACUCAGUCACAUCUACCGACGUGUAUCCAGCGUACUCGGGCGGAGUGUACCAACAGUAUGGUAGUCAAUUUGGUGGUAACUAUGAUGCACACAAUAAUUACUAUGUUGCUAAUGGUGUGGCUAGUCAACCUCAUCUGCAAUACACUGGCGUGACGCCAAUAACCGCGGCAGAGACCACGUCCAACUAUCAGUUACCACCCACUACCGCGCAGUCAUUACCAUCAAUACAACCGCAACAGGUGGCGCAGGCCAAAAAGGUUGCUUCUAACAUUGAUUUAUUAUCAGGAUUGGACUUUACUAUUAAUCAGGCACCCCUAGUCCCUCAACCUAACAAAAUUGAAAAUACGACGAAGGACGUUCCCAGCACAAAGCCGCCUGAGCAGAUACCUGUGAGGCCAGCCGUUAAGUUGGAUGAAAGGGAAAGUAAACCUGUCUUAAAACCUGUUAUGCAAAAGAAACCAAUCGAAAGAAACUCAUUCCAAGAUCCUGAUUUAAUUAAGCAGUUUACUCAAGAAGUUGAAAAGUUGGAAAAGUUUGUUGACAUACUAUCCACAAAAACGCUGAGUGGGCCAACCUCGCUCGAACUGAAGUGGAAAGAAAUUCAGGAUAGGCAAGAUGCGGAGCAGCACCGGAAAAGCAUUUCGGUUGCUAGGUGUUACCCGAUGAAAAAUCGGUUUCCCGAUAUACUUCCCUAUGACCAAACUAGGGUGGUAUUGAUCGGCAGAAAAGAUGACUACAUUAACGCGUCUUACAUCAAGGACAUCAGUCCGAAUUCUCCUGAGUUUAUUGUCACGCAGUGCCCAUUAUCGUCCACAUUCCACGAUUUUUGGGUAAUGGUGUGCAACGAAAAUGCGGAAUUAAUUCUAUGUUUGUUAAAUGACAAUGAGAUAGGGAAUGAUAAAUACUGGCCGGUAAGCAAACCGCUAACAGUUGGCAAUUACUUAAUAUCGAUGACGAAUCAAAUUGUAAAACCAUAUUGGACGGACACAGAAAUAUUAAUCAAUGAGCCUGAUGAACGUAUACUACGUAAGAUUCGUCUUAUACAAUUCACUGCAUGGCCUAGCAGUUUAUUCCCAUUAACAUCAAGUGUCAGCAGUUUUCUGACGGAAAUAUUAAACGACCCAACAGUUCACACGAAACCGAUAGUGUUACAUUGUUUCGCUGGAAUUGGUAGAAGUGGCUUAUUAUGCUUGCUGUUAAGUGCCAUUACGGAAAUACUUGUAAAUCCAUCGUCGAUACCCGAUCUACCACUGCUUGCGACUAAAUUAUCAUCCGCAAGGAAAAACAUCGUUAGAGAUCGCGAACAUUUCAAGUUUGCCUAUCAAGUUUUGUUACACUUUCUAAAGGAUUUUAUUGCGAAACAUGUUCUGAAAAAGGUUGUUCUCGAUGAUAGUUUUACUAAAAUUGACGUACAGGCUGCUCCUGAACAGCCUUCAGAUGAUCCGCUCAGCUUAUUAGAUCCGUUAUGGGCUACUAAAAAGGGAGCGUAAGGCGUUUAUUGUUGAGUACUGUUGUUAAUUAUUUAAAUUUUGUGUCAUGCUUCUUUUAUGUUAGAGAUUUCAGUAGUUACAGCAAUUUAAUAAGAGUCAUUAUUUACAAAUAUAUAUUUUAUCUAUGGUACAAAGAACAAAGGGAGUUUUGGUGUAUGUAAUUUUGAAUAGUUUGUAAUACAAAGUGCAGAUAAUUUUUACCAAGGUGGGCCUUGAGAGACUGACUAUUAGAUACGCAAAAACGAAAUGUUUUGAGCCCACAUUUUGAUAGACCAGGUGAUAUGGUUGUAAUUACAUAGAAUUACCUAUGCAUUAAAUUUUGUAAUUUAUUCUACUUUAUAAUGAAACUGAGUAUUUGAAUUUAGUGUGUAAAAUGGCUAAUAAAUAUUUACACUUUU